UAGAAAGAGACUCCGAUGGACUUACACCGGGCAGCCUUCAAGAUGGAGAACUCAUCCUAUCUCCCCAACCCACUGGCAUCCCCAGCACUGAUGGUCCUGGCGUCCACGGCUGAGGCCAGCCGCGAUGCUUCCAUCCCUUGUCAGCAGCCACGACCCUUUGGUGUACCUGUCUCAGUAGACAAGGACGUGCAUAUUCCAUUCACCAACGGUUCCUACACCUUUGCCUCUAUGUACCAUCGGCAAGGUGGGGUGCCGGGCACUUUUGCCAAUCGUGAUUUUCCCCCUUCUUUACUACACCUCCACCCUCAGUUUGCUCCCCCAAAUCUAGAUUGCACCCCAAUCAGUAUGCUGAAUCAUAGUGGGGUGGGGGCUUUCCGUCCCUUCGCUUCCACUGAGGACCGGGAGAGUUAUCAGUCAGCCUUUACGCCAGCCAAACGACUUAAGAACUGCCAUGACACAGAGUCUCCCCACUUGCGCUUCUCAGAUGCAGAUGGCAAGGAAUAUGACUUUGGGACACAGCUGCCAUCUAGCUCCCCCGGUUCACUUAAGGUUGAUGAUACUGGGAAGAAGAUUUUUGCUGUCUCUGGCCUCAUUUCGGAUCGGGAAGCUUCAUCUAGCCCAGAGGAUCGGAAUGACAGAUGUAAGAAAAAGGCAGCAGCAUUGUUUGACAGCCAGGCCCCUAUUUGCCCUAUCUGCCAGGUCCUGCUAAGGCCCAGUGAGUUGCAGGAGCAUAUGGAGCAAGAACUGGAACAGCUGGCCCAGCUGCCUGCCAGCAAGAAUUCCCUUCUGAAGGAUGCCAUGGCUCCAGGCACCCCCAAGUCCCUCCUGUUGUCUGCUUCCAUCAAGAGGGAAGGAGAGUCUCCAACAGCAUCACCACACUCCUCUGCCACUGAUGACCUGCACCAUUCAGACAGAUACCAGACCUUCCUGCGAGUGCGAGCCAACCGGCAGACCCGACUGAAUGCUCGGAUUGGGAAAAUGAAACGGAGGAAGCAAGAUGAAGGGCAGGUAUGUCCCCUGUGCAACCGCCCCCUGGCAGGAUCGGAGCAGGAGAUGAGUAGGCAUGUGGAGCAUUGCCUUUCUAAGAGGGAAGGCUCCUGUGUGGCUGAGGACGAUGCUGUGGACAUCGAGCAUGAGAAUAGCAACCGCUUUGAGGAAUAUGAGUGGUGCGGGCAGAAGCGGAUACGGGCCACCACUCUCCUGGAAGGUGGUUUCCGAGGCUCUGGCUUCGUCAUGUGCAGCGGCAAGGAGAAUCCGGACAGUGAUGCUGACCUGGAUGUGGAUGGGGAUGACACUCUGGAGUAUGGGAAGCCACAAUACACAGAAGCUGACGUCAUCCCCUGCACAGGCGAGGAGCCUGGUGAAGCCAAGGAGAGAGAGGCACUCCGGGGUGCAGUCCUAAAUGGCGGCCCUCCCAGCACACGCAUCACGCCCGAGUUCUCUAAAUGGGCCAGUGACGAGAUGCCAUCUACCAGCAACGGUGAGAGCAGCAAGCAGGAAGCCAUGCAGAAGACCUGCAAGAAUAGUGACAUCGAGAAAAUCACCGAAGAUUCAGCUGUGACCACGUUUGAGGCCCUGAAGGCUCGGGUCAGGGAACUUGAACGGCAGCUAUCCCGUGGGGACCGUUACAAAUGCCUCAUCUGUAUGGACUCAUACUCGAUGCCCCUAACGUCCAUCCAGUGUUGGCAUGUGCACUGCGAGGAGUGCUGGCUGCGGACCCUGGGUGCCAAGAAGCUCUGCCCUCAGUGCAACACCAUCACAGCGCCCGGAGACCUGCGGAGAAUCUACUUGUGAGCUAGCCACCCCCAGCAGGCCUUGCCUGGAGCAGCCCCACCUGCCCGCCUCUGUGACGUGACCCUCCCCCUUGUACAUAUUUGCACACAGGUUUCCCAUGUACAUACAUGCGCACACACACGUGCACAUUCGUGUGCGUGCACACACACACACAUACACACACACAUACACACACACACACACACACACACACACACACGACUCUGGAGCCAGAGUGGAGGCUGAGACCCAGGCCUUGCCUGCUGGUUCCCACCAAAACUAAGGACCAUACCUGUUUGGGGUUUUGUUCCCAAGGUGGGGCAAGGAGGUGGGAGUGAGGGGGAAUAGUUGGGCAAGGCUCCUGAGAUACAGCCCCCGGACUGACAGACGGACAGACAGACAUGCAAACACCAGACUGAAGCACAUGUAAUAUAGACUGUGUAUGUUUACAAUGUUGUGUAUAAAUGGGACAACCCCUUGCCCCCCACUCCACCCUCACCCCUUUGGUUGUAUGAUUUUCUUCUUUUUUUAAGAACACCUGGAAGCAGUGCCCCCUUCAGGGCUGGCUGGGGGCUCGGCCCAUCCACCUCUCAGGGUGCCUGCCUCUCUCUCCCAUGGUAUCCCUUCCCUCUCCCACGUGCUCGGUGUUCAGUGGUGUAUAUUUCUUCCCCCAGACAUGGGGCACAUGCCUCAAGGGACACGAUCCUCUCCUUAGUCUUAGCUCCUGGGGCUCUUUAUAAGGAGUUGGGGGAGAGGGGAGACACAGGAAAUGGGAACCGAGCUGAAGCAGGGGCUGAGAUUGGGGCUGGAUGAGUAUGCUCCUGGCUGCCCAGCCUUCUACCAAGAACCAUUCCUGGGAUUAGAACUGCUGUUCCCAGGGAAAGUGGUCUCCCCCGCCCCUCCCGUGGGCCCCACGGUGUGAUGCUGUGUCUGUAUAUUCUAUACAAAGGUACUUGUCCUUUCCCUUUGUAAACUACAUUUGACAUGGAUUAAACCAAUAUAAACAGCU